AUCAGCAAAGUUGUAGAGUAAAAAGUUAAAUAGUUAAAUUGUGAAAGUUUUAAAGUGGCAGAAAAUGAAAUCCUUAACUAAUGGACGUCGUGUUGUUUACGUGUCCGUUUACUCCUAAAUGUUGGACUGCACCUUUAACGCCUGUGUGGCGGUGUCCCUCCAAUUAGAGUGAAGGUGGAGCUCAGGAAGAGCGACCUGCACCCGACGCGCCGCCCGGACCGGAUCUUCUCUGUGUGUGUGUGUGUGUGUGUGUGUUCACUCCCCGGAGAGAGGAGAAGUCCACGCGCGCGACGCUGCCCUCCGGCUGCAGGAAAGUGACCCCAGACCGCGGACCCGGGUCCGCUGGAGUCCGAGGAAGGCUUCCCGAUGAUUGAGGUAUCGAUACCUUCGAUGGAGAAGGAAGUGGACGAGUCCGGGAAGUCCCGCAAGCUCUUCAGGGUGGAAGUCUUGUUUAACGGGAGGAAACAUUUUGUGCUCCGGAGAAGCAGCGAAUUCCAGACUUUGCACCGAAAACUCAGGAAGAUCAUCCAGACUCCAGAUCUCCCGAGCAAAAGGAACCCUCAUCUGAGGACCAAACCUCUGCGGCAGAGGAGCCAGGAGCUGGAGGACUACGUCCAGGACAUAAUUUACCAAAAUGAAGACGUGCCGCAGGUGCUGCUGGACUUCCUCCACCUGAAACACUUCCACACAGGGAACAAGGUCAGCAGCAUGGAAUCACUUGAUGAUUUGGACGGUAGAGAUUACAGUUACCCGUUACAAAAUCAGCGAGUGGCGGGAUUCUUCUGGGAUCCGUACCUCUCGGGCCGCGCGUCGGGUCUCCCAGAUGUCGUCGUGGACGGCGUCCUUCAGGGUCUGUACCCUCGCGACGUCCGGGUCAGCUUCACCGAGGCCGACCCCGGCGCGUCUGUGUAGGACCGAGAAGAGACGGAUCGACAAAGCAGCCAAACAGCUGUGCCAGAAAGAUGAAAGAAAACAGCCAAAAUUAAUCCUAGAAUUUGGUGUGGAUUUUUUUUUUUUUUACUAGAGCAGUGUGGGGCUGUAGAAAAUGACUUGAAAUCCAGGCAGCAGAAAGUUAGUUUUAUUUUGUAUUUGAGGUUAUAUUUUGUCAGUUGAUUCAAACGUGUCUAUACAGUAGAUGUCUCAUAUAUAUGUGUUAGUUCAUUAAGACUGAAUUAAAUGUGUAUGUAUACAGUAAGGGUCAAGUCAAACGUUAAGACUUUGUUUUGUUUUUGGUAUUUUUUUAACUUUCAGCAUAAACAAAUGAUUUUGCAGUUAUGUACUUUUGUAUCAUAUUGUUUGUAUUGAAAUUAUAAUGAUCAGACAUGAUGCCUCUUGUUUCUCUAUUUAAA